UCGGCUGGCUCCUGCCCCGCGUCCCCACAGGCAGCUUGCCUUGUCGAGCGUCCUUGCCGGGAGGCGCUUGCCAUCCCUCUGUCAAUGUUGUCUCCUCAGAGACAAGCUGGGAGCUUAAAAGAAGCUUUUUAAGGCUAGAUUGUGCCUUGGCUGCAAGGAUGUGGCAUCUCGGGUUUCCAUGAUCCUGGGGUUGUGCCAGCCAGGUGGUCAACAGCCACUUCUUAGUGACUUGGCAACCUCUUCUGCACCCUAUUUUCCUCCUACGCACAUGGGGAGCGAAGGUACAAGCUGCACCUCAACAAGUGGCAGAAGACAAGUUUGUAUUUGAUUUACCAGACUAUGAAAACAUCAACCAUGUAGUGGUCUUCAUGCUGGGAACUAUACCAUUUCCAGAUGGAAUGGGAGGAUCUGUCUAUUUUUGUUAUCCAGACCAGAGUGGGAUGGCAGUGUGGCAGCUGCUGGGCUUUGUCACUAAUGAGAAGCCAAGUGCCAUCUUCAAAAUUUCUGGUCUGAAAUCUGGGAAGGGAAGUCAACAUCCCUUUGGUGCCAUGAACCUCCCACAGACUCCAACAGUGGCUCAGAUUGGAAUCUCAGUGGAACUGCUGGAGAACCUGGCCCAGCAGACUCCUGUUGCAAGUGCUGCUGUGUCAUCAGUAGAUUCAUUCACAGAGUUCACUCAGAAGAUGUUGGAUAACUUCUAUAACUUUGCUUCCUCGUUUGCUGUUACUCAGGCACAGAUGACCCCAAAUCCUUCUGAAGCUUUCAUUCCUGCAAGUGUAGUUCUGAAAUGGUAUGAAAACUUCCAGAGACGUCUGACACAGAAUCCUCUCUUUUGGAAAACAUAAGUUUAAAUUCUGUCAUUUGGAGUUGUUCCUAAAGUGUUAUCUGAAAGAUGCAUCAAAUAACUCCACUGAAGAUUUUCCGGGGAGAGGAGGGGAAAAAUCCAAACAACAAUUAGUCUCAAUAGACAAAACUAGUAACUUUUAUAUUACUCUUAAACAGUAUUUAAAAUUAAAAUCAAUGAAAAUUACUAGUCUGCAUGUUGGUUUAUUUAAUUGAAGUGCUUGGCUGCAACAAGAAAUCAGUGUUGCAUGUAGAAAUACUUCUUUAAAACUGCAUUUAAAGUGGAAAAAAUUACAAGAUGAAAAAUGGCAGCACUGUGUCAUACUUGUGUGGUGCUUUGGGGUGUUGUACACAAACCAAGUGCAGUUUUUCAUUCUUUACCUCAUUUGAAGGGUGAUCAGGCAACUGUGAAUAUGCUAAUGGUUUUCCUGCUGGUACUUGCACUGUGAGUUCUUCCAUUUUUGUGGACAACCAAUAGUCCUGUUCCAAACUCAUAUAAAUGGUACAGCAGUAUUUCCCUCUUUGACUGUAAAACACUAUUGAGUUUUAUCUUGGAGUAUCUGUCUUUAACUUUUCCUGUAUGAAAGUGUAAUGAAGAGGAAUCUUUGGGAGCUUUGGCUGUGCUAGAAGAAUUAUUUCCAGUAAUAAGAGAGUAAAAUCUUGUUUCUCUUAAAAA